UGAAUGAAACAACUCUACAUGAAAAAGUCACGUGGAUGCAUUCUCUGCUCUGUAAACCCAAAUUUGGCUUCAGAAAAUUGCUUGUAACUGAACAACUCUGAACGUUUUCCAAAAUCAUAAAAUGCCAUUGCCAUUAACAGCGUUAUGUCGAAGGAGGCGCUGCACAUUCUGCUUUCUACACACAACCCUCCUGAAGACUACUCUACAUAUGUUCACUUAUUGCAGACCUGUGUUCUCAAGAACGCGCUUUCACAAGCGAAAAAAGUCCAUUCUUUCAUCGCUCACAGGCGAUUUGCAUUUGCUACACUUACAACUUUUCAUAAUAAACUUAUUUACAUGUAUGUCAAGUGCAGAAGUUUGCAGGAUGCUCGAAAAGUCUUUGACCACAUUAAAGAACGAGACUGUAUUUCAUGGAAUACGAUUAUUGCAGCUUACGGAAGACAUGGGAGUCCCCACGAGGCAGUCAAACUGUUUCACCAAAUGCAACGAACAGGUAUGCAACCCGAUCAGUUCACAUUUGCCAGCGUGCUCCCAGCCUGUGCCAAAAUAGGGUCUUUGGAACAGGGUAUGGUUAUCCAUCAGAGCAUAGAAAAUAGAGGAAUUUUGUCGGAUGUUGUAGUUGCAAGUGCUCUGGUAGACAUGUAUGCAAAAUGCGGAAGCAUAGACAGAGCCCGUGAAUUGUUUGACAGAAUGCCUCAUAGAAACGUGUUCUCGUGGACUGCAAUGAUUGCAGGAUAUGUACACAAUGGAUUUGUUGAAGAGGCUUUAGAAACCUUCGAGCAAAUGCAAUUGGCAGGUGUAAAGCCAAAUUCCACAACAUUCGUUAGCAUCAUCCCCGCCUGCGCCAAAAUGGGAGAUUUGCAACAGGGUAUGGAUAUCCAUCAAAGCAUAAAUGAUAAAGGAAUUCUGUCAGAUGUUGCAGUGGGAACUGCGUUGGUAGACAUGUAUGCAAAAUGUGGAAGCAUAGACAAGGCACGUGAACUGUUCGAUAGAAUGCCUCAAAGAAAUGUGGUCUCAUGGACUGCAAUGAUUGCAGGAUAUGCACAAAAUGGAUUUCUUGAAGAGGCUCUAGAAACUUUCAAGCAAAUGCAGUUGGCUGUUGUACAGCCAAAUUCCACAACCUUUGUUAUCAUCCUUUCUGCCUGUGCCAAACUAGGAGCUUUGGAAGAGGGUAUUAACAUCCAUCAAAGCAUAGAGGACAGAGGAUUUUUUUCAGAUGUUGUCGUUGCAACUGCCCUUCUAGACAUGUAUGCAAAAUGUGGAAGCAUAGACAAGGCACGUGAACUGUUUGACAAAAUGCCUCAAAGAACUGUGGUGUCAUGGAAUGCCAUGAUUACAGGAUAUGCGCAAAAUGGACUUGCUGAAAAGGCUUCAGAAAUUUUCAAGCAAAUGCAAUUGGCGGAUGUAAAACCAAAUUCCACAACCUUUGCCAGCAUCCUCCCUGCCUAUGCCAAAAUAGGAGAUUUGGAACAGGGUAUAAACAUCCAUCGAAGCAUGAUGGAAGGGUUUUUUUCCUCAAAUAUUAUAGCUGGAAAUGCGUUGGUAGACAUGUAUGCAAAAUGUGGAAGCAUAGACAAAGCACGUCAAGUGUUCGACAAAAUACCUCAAAGAGAUGUUAUCUCGUGGAAUGCAAUGAUUGCAGGUUAUACACAAAAUGGGUUUGCUGAAAAGGCUUUAGAAACUUUCAAGCAAAUGCAAUUGGCAGUUGCAAAGCCAAAUUCCACAACCUUUGCUAGCAUUCUCCUUGCCUGUGCCAAAAUGGGAGCUUUGGAACAGGGUGUCAACAUCCACCAAAGCAUAGUGGAAGGGGGUUUUUUGUCAGAUAUUAUAGUUGGGAAUGCUCUGGUGAACAUGUAUGCAAAAUGUGGAAGCGUAUACAAGGCACAUGAACUAUUUGACAGAAUGCCUCAAAGAGAUGUCAUCUCAUGGAAUGCAAUGAUUGCAGGAUAUGCACAAAAUGGAUUUGUUGAAAAGGCUUUACAAACUUUCAAACAAAUGCACUUGGUAGGUGUAAAACCAGAUUCCACAACCUUUGCCAACAUCCUUCCUGCUUGUGCCAAAAUGGGAGCUUUGGAACAGUGUAUGGACAUCCAUCGAAGCAUAAUGGAAGGGGGAUUUUCAUUAGAUAUUAUAGUUGGAAAUACUCUGGUAGACAUGUACGCAAAAUGUGGAAACAUUGACAAGGCACACAAACUCUUUGACAGAAUGCCUCAAAGAGAUGCUAUCUCAUGGACUGUCAUGAUUGCAGGAUAUGCACAAAAUGGAUAUGUUGAAAAUGCUUUAGAAACUUUCAAACAAAUGCAAUUGGCAGGUGUAAAACCAGACUCCACAACCUUUGCCUGCAUACUACCUGCUUGUGUCAAAAUGAGAGCCUUGGAACUGGGUAUGGACAUCCAUAAAAGCAUAAUAGAAGGGGGAUAUUUUUCAGAUAUUAUUGUUGGAAAUGCUCUUCUGGACAUGUAUGCAAAGUCUGGAAGCAUAGACAAGGCACAAGAACUGUUUGACAGAAUGCUUCAAAGAGAUGUUAUCUCAUGGAAUGUAAUGAUUGUAGGAUAUGCAACAAGAGGAUUUAUUAAAAAGGCUUUAGAAACUUUCAAGCAAAUGCAAUUGGCAGGUGUAAAGUCGGACUCCACAACCUUUGCCAGCAUCCUUCCCGCAUGUGCCAAAAUGGGAGCUUUGGAACAGGGUAUGGACAUCCAUCAAAACAUAAUGGAAGGGGGAUUUUUGUUCGAUAUUAUAGUUGGAAAUGCUUUGAUAGAUAUGUAUGCAAAAUGUGGAAGCAUGGACAAGGCACUUGCUCUGUUUGAAAGGAUGCUUCAAAGAAAUGUCAUCUCAUGGAACUCAAUGAUUGCAGGAUAUGCACAAAAUGGAUUUAUUGAAAAUGCUUUAGAAACUUUCAAGCAAAUGCGAUUGGCAGGUUUAAAGCCAGACUCCACAACCUUUGCCUGCAUCCUCCAUGCCUGUGCGAUAAGUGGAGCUUUGGAACAGGGUAUUAGCAUCCAUCAAAGCAUAAUGGAAGAGGGAUUUUUGUCAGAUAUUAUCAUUGGAAAUUCUCUGGUAGAUAUGUAUGCAAAAUGUGGAAGCAUAGACAAGGCACGCGAAAUGUUUGAUAGAAUGCUUCAAAGAAACGACAUCUCAUGGAAUGCAAUGAUUGCAGGAUAUGCACAAAAUGGAUUUGUUGAAAAGGCCUUAGAAACUUCAAAGCAAAUGCAAUUGGCAGGUGUAAAGCCAAAUUGCACAACCUUUUCCAGCACCCUCCCUGCCUGUGCCAAAAUGGGAGCUUUGGAACAGGGCAUGGACAUCCAUCAAAGCAUACUAGAGGGGGGAGUUUCGUCGGAUAUCAUAGUUGGAAAUGCUCUGGUAGACAUGUAUGCAAAAUGUGGAAGAACAGACAAGGCACGUGAACUGUUUGACAGAAUGGGUGAAAAAAAUGUUAUCUCAUGGAAUACAAUGAUUGCAGGAUAUGCACAAAAUGGAUUUGUUGAAAAGGCUUUAGAAACUUUGAAACAAAUGCAAUUUACAGGUCUAAAGCCUAAUUCCACAACCUUUGCCAGCAUUCUCCCUGCCUGUGCUAAAUUGGGAGCUAUAAAACAGGGUAUGGAUAUCCAUCAAAGCAUAAUGGUUCGGGGUUUUUUGUCAGAUAUUAUAGUUGGAAAUGCUCUUGUAGACAUGUAUGCAAAAUGUGGAAGCAUAGACAAGGCACGUAAACUGUUUGACAGAAUGUCUCAAAGAGAUGUUGUCUCAUGGAAUGCAAUGAUUGCAGGAUAUGCACAAAAUGGAUUUUGCAAGGAUGCUCUCGAAAUCUUUGAAUUGAUGAAGCACUCUGGAACAUAUCCUAACAUUGUAACCUUUGCUUGUGUUCUAUGUGCAUGUAGCCAUGCAGGUUUAGUGGAUGAGGGCUGUUCAUACUUCAAUCACAUGAGUAACCCUUAUUGGAUUACCCCUACCAUUGAUCAUUAUGUGUGCAUGGUUGACAUUCUUGGCCGUGCUGGCUAUCUUGAGGAGACAUUAAAAUUUAUCAUUAAGAUGCCAGUGAAACCUGUGGUGGUUGUGUGGAUGUGUUUUCUUGGUGCCUGUAGAUCACAUAUGAAUACAGGCUUAGGAGUAUUUACAGCAACACUGCUUUUUAAUUUGGAUCCUAAAAAUGCUGCCACUUAUGUUCUUCUCUCAAAUAUUUAUGCAGAAAUGGGCAGGUGGAGUGAGGUUCAAAUGGUAAGGAGAUUUAUGAAAGAUAGAGGAAUUAAAAAGAUUCCUGGGUGUAGUUGGAUUGAAGACCAUAAAAUGGUACAUGUUUUUUGUGUAGGAGACAGGUCACAUCCACAGACACGGGAGAUAUAUGCAAAGUUGGAGAAAUUGGCUUCGGAGAUGAAGGCAGCAGGGUAUAUUCCAGAUUCAAGACAUUUACCUAAUGAUGUGGAAGAGGAGGAAAAAGAAUUAUUCCUCUGCCACCAUAGUGAAAAACUGGCAAUUGCAUUUGGUUUGUUAAACACACCCCCUAGAACAACCAUCAGAGUUGUUAAGAACCUUAGAGUGUGCGGUGAUUGCCACACGGCAGCAAAAUUUAUCUCCCAGAUUGUUGCAAGAGAAAUUGUUGUGAGAGAUGCAAGUCGUUUCCAUCAUUUUAAGCAGGGACAAUGUUCUUGCAAAGAUUAUUGGUGAUGCUGAAUCAAGCAACCUAAAAAUUGGCUUGCAAUAUAAUAAUGUGCACUGUCACACCCAUAGUAUUAAUGAAGGGACAAGGUUUUAGUUUCAGUUUCUAGAAAGCUUCUUUUUGUUGUUUUGUUUUGAGUAUUUGGCAAUGAAGACCACUGUUGGCUUCAUAAAAUUAGAUGUAUACAGUGCAAUGCAUACCACUGGUUAUAAACACUGUUAGGGUAACUGUCAAAUACUUGUUUAUGAUAACAUGGAUGUUUCUCGAAUUGUUUUCACAAAACCUGCAUAUAUGUGAAAUGAGAAGCAGGAGGAGGUGGAGAAUGGAGAAAAAAAUAGAAGUUGAGAAACAAUUCAAGUAAAUGAAAAAAUGGUUGACCAGCAUGAAAUGGGAGAGGAGAGCUCACAAUUAUCCUUGUCA